UUCAGCAGAGACAAAUUAACGCCCCGAGCCGAUCGUGACGAAGAUAAUUCGUACAUAUUUUCCUACAAAAACCGAAGCAUUCGUCUUUUUAUUAGGAUCGGAGAGUUACGGAUAUUUCCGGUGUAAAUCGUGAUUUUCCGCGAACAAUAUACAUUUUACAAUGUAAACAAAACAAAGAACAAAAGGUUCAACUUGACUUCAUUGCUGUUUGCUUUGCCUAAGAAGAUCAACGACGCGUACCGAUUGUGCUGUGUCCUUCACGUCAUAUGAGGUGGUGCAAACAUGGAAUCUGACAUAUCAUCAACAUCAUCUGGAAGCCCUAGAUAUAGUGUGCCAUCAACGUCUUCUGACAGUCCACUCAGAAGAACCAGAGGUGGCGUGCACAAAAGAGGAGGCAGGGGCAGAGGAAGAGCCAAGGGACAGACCAGAGCCACUGGGCUAGGAAGGGGUCGAGGCCGAGGUGCAGUUCCAGUUCCACUGCCAACCAUUGAGACAGCAGAGCAAAGAAAGGACAGAAUCAAGGAAUAUAUUGAACAGCUCUCUGAAGAACAGGCUAAAGACCUGCUUUUCAGGGCUGUAGACAAACAACCUGGGUUGAUGUUCGAUCUAAUAGACAAAGUCCAGCCUCAUGGCGUUCCUCAAGACUACCAUCCUCAACCCGGGAGUUCACCAGCAUGGUGUUUGUGUGGCAAUUGCCGGGAGAUGCCAACUCUACUUGAAAGAGUCUGCUGCAACUUUUCUCCAGAAAAUUGUACUUCAAGAUUGCCAUACAUGGACCAGUACGUUCUUGAAGAAGGAGUUCUUCGAAUUGCAAGAACGUAUCGGAGAGAAGUUUUGGUGUAUCCUGAAGAUGGUGAUGAGGCAAAGGCAAACAGACAUGCUGCCUAUAGACAGUUUGUUAUGUGGCAGCAUGGCAAGCUAGGAGCAGGUGUAAGACGAGUUGUCCCUAGCUGCUGUGUGUGGAGAAUCCGCGACAAAUUUACUGAUCCAUUUGGUCAAUAUACAGGUUUUAAUACUGGAAGAAUAGGCUAAAUUCCAACCUAACAAACUGAACAACUGGUGGUCUUAAGAAACAAGAGCUGUAACACAUUUGUACAUCAGUUUUUGUAUUAACUUGUGGGAUUUUAUAGUACUUUAAAUUAAAGACUUUUAUGAUGACCAUGUGUAACCAAACCACACCACAUAUUCAAAUAGGAUAUUAUUGUAGUUAAUGAAAUGUUUUGCCCAGGAACUUGCUGUGCUUAUUUCAUAUUGACUAACACCUGUUAUUAUUGACACAUGUCUAUGUACCAUGACUGAAAUAACUAUAUACUUGUACAAUACAAAAAUUAAACUAUCCCUAACCCACUGGCCAAUUACCCACUGGUUAAAUUGGUGCUUAUAUAAGACAGAUAACAUAUGUAUUUUCAAUAUAUGCUACUGUUUGUUGUCUUGAUAGGCAUAACUGAAUACAUAUUUCAUUUUCUUUCUAUAGUAUUUACACUAAUAUAUAUAACAUUAAUGUAUAUGAAUUCCAAAAAUAUCAAAAAUACAAUUUUCCAAAUUGUCCAAGUUUUUGUUGAAAAAAAUUGCCCAAAACAUCUUAAAAUGUAUUUUUUUUUACAAAAUUUGCAAUGCAACACAUGUGCAUUCUCUUUUGCCCUAUCGGAAUACUUUUUUUGCGUAAAGCUCCCAACUUGAAACCAUUACUGCAUAUACCUUUCUUUAUUUAAAAAAAAUGUUUGUAAAAUUUUCCUGUGUAUAUAGUAUGUUCCUGUUACUUGGAUUUAUUAUUUUUCAGUAGUUGCAUUUUGUAACAUACACACAAUAAACCUAAUUAGGGAAUAGGUAUAAAUGACAUAUUUAGUAUUGCACUUUCAAGUUUUAUCUG